AUGUUCGGCAUCGACUGGAUGGGCCUGGCCCUCCCCUUGGCCUACCUGUUUGUCCUCGGCGGCGCGCUGAUGACAUUCUCGACCAUCUACCGCAAGCGGAAAGCCGCCGAAAGCGCGAACCUGGCGCCGUGGUUUGGCCCCAAUCUGCAGCGCAACAUCUAUCUUUCCCUUCUGCACAUGGGCCCCGAAGAGGGUCAGGGAAAGAGCCCGCGCGUGCCCGAGAGCGUCCUCAAGGCGGCGCUCCUGCGGCGUGCGGUCGAAGACAUCGAGCGACUGAUCCAGAUCAAGAUGGCGAAGCAGGCCUGCAGCUCGCUGCUGCUCCGGGGCAGCGUCGGGGACGAUCUGUGGCAACGUUUCCAGAGGGCCGAGAAGGAGAUGGAGGAGGAGCUGCGCGACGUCGUGCAGGAGGCCAACGCUCUCGCACCCAACUGGGGUCCGACCAUCUUCCAGUCCGCGCACGAGAUCGCGGCCAACACCAAGCUGCGCGAGCGGCUCGAGGAGAUUGAGGCUCAGGCGGCGUCGGAGAAGCAGUGGUGGGAGAAGAGGAGGGGCCAGAUCCAGAGUGAGUUCAUGAAGGAGCUUGAUACGUCGGCGAAGGGCGUCAGUGAGGACGACGCCGUCUUGGUCGAAACACCAGGCAAGAGCGGCAAGAAGGGCAGGAAGUGA